UCCUAAUAUUCCUACAGGCCGUUCCUGCUCCUCCCUCCUCUCAUGGAGUGGAUCAGAGUUGCCGUGGUGCACGUCGAACAUCGCCGCAGCCUAUUGGUGGACAGCGAUGACGUCAGACAGACAGCCAGGCAGCUCCUCCCAGGACUGGACUGUGAGCCCCGACAGCUGAAAUUGGAGUGCUGCUUCCAGUCCUUUAAAUGUUUGGAUGCUGAAGCCGCUGCGGCAAAGUUCCAGCUGGAUUUGGGCUUCAGGAUGCUCUCGUGUGGGCGAGCAGAUCUGGUCCGUCAGGCCAUGGGGCUGCUGGGAGCUGAGGGGAUGAACACCAUGGACGACCAGGGGAUGAGUCCUCUGAUGUACGCGUCGGCAGCAGGAGAUGAAGCUCUGGUUCAGAUGCUCAUAGAGGCCGGAGCUCACCUGGACCAGCAGGUCCCCGGCUGCUCGGCCUCAAACCCGUCGGUUCACCCCGGCAGCCGGCGCUGGGUGGCUCUGACGUUCUCCGUGCUGCACAGUCACCUGUCUGUGGCUCAGCUGCUGCUGGAGGCCGGAGCAGAUGUGGAGGGAGGAGCACAGCUGGACGGUCAGGAGAGCUCGGCCGAGACGCCGCUGCAGCUCGCUGCUGCUGCAGGUUACUACGAGAUGGUGAGCCUGCUGCUCAGCCACGGAGCUGACCCGCUGCUCAGAGUGCAUCAUGGGAAUUCACUCACAUCGCCGCUAUAUGAGGACAUGAACUGCUUCACCUACGCUGCGGCACACGGACACCGGAACAUCCUGAGGAGGCUGCUGUUGCAGCCUCAGCACAGGAAGGAGGACAUCCUCUCUCUGGAGGAGAUCCUGGCUGAAGGAGUGGAGGAGGAGGAAGAAGAGGAGGAGGAGGAGGAGGAGGAGGAGGAGGUGGAGGACUCAAAAGCUCCGGAUUCCCCGAGCCCUGUUCCCAGACUGUGUAAGGCCAGGAUGAAAGCCCUGCAGCAGGCGGCCUACUACAGCGCCGAGCACGGUUACCUGGACGUCACCAUGGAGCUCAGAGAGAUGGGUGUUCCCUGGAUGCUCCACAUCUGGCUGGAGUCUCUCCGCAGAGCACAGCAGCUGUGUCGGGACAAAGUGAUCGUCUCCCUCCUCACAGAGUUCCCCUGCAUCAGGACGGAGGACUACAGCCCCGAGCUCCUCUCCACAGGGAUACCGCUCAUGUUCAGCAUGCUGGAAACCAGCAAGGACUUCGUCCUCACCAAACGUUUGGCCUCCGUCUUCUCUCACUGCUACAGCUGCUCUCCGGUUCCUCCGGUCCGUCCCGUGGACGUCGGUCUGUCCACUCAGCUCGGUAACACAUCAUCAUGUGACAACGAGACGUAUCGACGACACUCAGCGACAACUUUAAUGGAUCUCCUGUCGUCUCCGUCCUCAGACAUUCACUUCCUGAACAGCCAGGAGAUGUCCGACGUCACCUUCAUGGUGGACGGACGUCCGUUCUUCGCUCACCGAGUGCUGCUGAUGUCGGCUUCUGAGAGGUUUCGGCGGAUGCUCUGCGACUCCCCCGACAACAUCAUCCAUGUCAGUCACAUGACCUACGGCACCUUCCAGAUGAUGAUGAAGUCUCUGUACUGUGGAGGGACGGAGGGACUGACCAUCUCCCAGUCUGACGCCAUGACGCUGCUUCCGUUGGCCACUUUCUUCCAGCUCAGAGGUCUUCAGAGAAGCUGUGAGAUGAAGUUGUCUCAAGGUGUGACUGUGGACAACGCCGUCAACAUCUACCAGACGGCCAAGGUACAAACACACACGCACACACACACACACACACACGGUGACAUGAUAAGAGUUCUUAUUGUUCAAAUAAAGAAGAGAACUGGAAUGUUAAUUUAGAGGAAGCUUUAUGACAUUAUAAAAUAUAUCGGUAAACUUCCAUUUAAUCAACCUUUAAUUAAACAUAGUAUUGAUCUCGAGCAGCUUAUUUUCCUUUGGAAGUUGACCUCAAAAUCAGUUGUUAUGAAAGUUUAUGAUGUAUUAUUUUAUUUCAGAUUCUGACUCGUUGAAAUGUUUUAUUUGGGUUUUUUAAAUGUUCACAUACAGUUGAACUUCAGACUCUCGUCUCAACAAAUAAAACAAGUUGUAUUGAAUAACAAAACUUGUUUGAUAAGUU